ACAUAUUCAUUCAAGCCAAUUUCCCGCGUAUCACAGGCUUCAGCGGCACAGCAGCCGUUACAAAAACGAGCGUCGGAGGACGGUGUGAUCCUUUCAGCUGCAUUAUUUUUCUCGCUUAUUGAUAAAAUACAGUCGAUUGUUUAUUUACCUUACUCGUAAUUACGCACUCAACGGAGCCGUUAGUUUCUGAAUCUGUCAAAUCUGCAAAGAUUCAAUAAUGGCGAGUUUUGAUUUCAACACUUUGAGCAGUACGUUGAAUGAGUCUAGCCAAAAGACCGAAGGUACCGGCGUGUCUUUUGCCGGCAAAUCAUUAAAACUAAACAGCGAGGAUGAUGUCAAACAAGUUGCUGAUGCAAUUGAAAAAUGUGGUAAUAUGCAGUUUUUGGAUUUGGAAGGAAAUACUCUUGGUCCAGAUGCUGCAAAAGGUUUAUCUAAGGCCAUUGAAAAACAUGGAACUAACUUGAAGAGAGCUCUUUGGAAGGAUUUGUUCACAGGUCGAAUGAAAGAUGAAAUUCCAGUAGCCCUAGAACAUUUGGGCCGUGGUUUAUGUGCUGCUAAAACUCAAUUAGUUGAGCUUGAUCUUAGUGACAAUGCCUUUGGACCUAUUGGUGUAAAAGGGUUAGCAUCAUUACUUAGUUCUAGUCCUUGUUAUACUUUACAACAACUUAGACUUAACAACAAUGGUCUUGGUAUAUCGGGUGGAAAAUUGCUGGCUAAAGCUUUGCUUGAUUGUAACAGCAAUAGUCUCAAAGAAACUGGCAAACCCUUGGGACUCAAAGUAUUUAUAGCUGGAAGAAACAGAUUAGAAAAUGAAGGUGCUACUGUUUUGUCUGAAGUAUUUAAGACUUUAAAAACUUUAGAAGAAGUUGUGAUGCCUCAGAAUGGUAUUUACCAUGUCGGUAUAUCCGCUUUAGCUAACGGUUUAUCUGUCAACAAAGGUCUUCGAAUCUUGAACCUUAAUGAUAACACUGUUGGUCCAAGAGGAGCUGUAGAAAUAGCUAAUAUUUUGCACAAUUUCAAUUGCCUUGAGCAGUUAAAUUUAGGAGAUUGCUUAUUGAAAACUCGUGGUGCUAUAGCUUUAGCUGAAGCUCUCAAACAAGGAUCAUAUCCUUCAUUGACUGAAAUUAAUCUAAGUUUCAAUGAAAUUAAGUGUCGAGCUGCUUCUGUAAUAGCUGAGGCAAUGAGUGAUAAAACACAAUUAGCUUCUCUUAUACUCGAUGGUAAUGUAUUUGGCAAUUUGGGAAGAGAAGAACUUGUCAGCAUUCUUAAAGAAAAUGAUAAAAUACAAGCAUUAGGUUCUAUGGAUGAAGAUGAAGAAGAAGAUAGCGAUGAAGAAAACAGUGAAAAUCAGGAGGAAGAAGAAGAAGAAGAAGAAGAAGAAGAAGAAGAAGCCACUGAAAACGAUGAGACCAAAAGUGAAUCCGAAGAUUAUGAUACUGUGGAAGAGAAUCCUAAUACUAGUAAGAAUGAAAAUACUAGCUCUCUCAAAGUGGUUUCCAUUCAAGAUUUCUUGAAAGCUCCAACAGGAGAAAAUUUCUUAUUCAUUCAAAAUGAUAAAGCACAAGCAUUUUCAGAUUAUUUACAAGGAAUUUUAAAAGCUGAAACUGAAGAUUUUAUAAAUGAAAGCGUUAAAUUGAUCAUGAAAGUAUCUGCUCUUUAUGCCAGUGGGUACAUGGAUGUCAGGAUACCUGCUGAAAUAGUUACAGAUCGAUUAUACAAAGAAUUAUUUGAAUUUGUAACAAAAAAUAAUCAGCUUUACAGUUUGAACAAUUCACUACUUGUGAAUUUGGGUCUUCUCAAAGGUGAAGAUAAAAAGAUGAGAACUGACUGGAAUUUAGAAGGCUGCUUCAAGGCAUUGGAAAAAAUUUGUCAAAAAGAUUUCUUCACACAGCAAACCAGAGAUUCUCUCAAAGUUUUCAUUGAAAAAUCAAUGAAACCAAGUAGAACUCGAGUAGUAGAUCCUUAUCAAGAAUCUAAAAGCUCACUUAAAUCAGCACUGGACCAGAUUCAAAGCACGUAACUUAUAGAGGUGCUAAAUGAUUUCUAAUUUUAAUUUUAAUUUGUACAUUGUAAAUCCAAAUAAAAAAUGAAUAUGAGCAUGUAUAUUUAAUUAGAAAAGAAAAGAAAAAUUGACCAAGCAAGUGUACACAAAACACUCAAAACAUAUUUUUUUCAAAUUUUGGAGUAAUAACAGGUAUUUUUAAUAAUUCGUAAUUGUUUGUAAUAAAU